AGCAGGAGCAGCUGUAUGUGCGCGCGCUGCCUCACUGAACUCAGCCGUGAUUCACUCAUUCAUUCAUUGUCUCUGCAGCAGAACACACUGCUGUCAUCUCAACGUGUGUCUCUGUCGCUUUAGAAGGAGACGACAGAGAGAGAAUGAAGCCGUGCAGCAGAGACGGUGUGUGUGUGUGUGUGUGUGUGGACGUGGUCUCUGCUUCCGCCGGUGUGUUUGAACGGGACGCCGCCGAAUGAACACCUGCAGUCCGCUGGUGACUCCAUGACUUGAGAAACUCUGGUCGAAGUGAGCGACAGAGGGAAAAGCGGCUUUUCAUGGGAAAUGAAUGUGACCGGGAAGCAGCAACCUGAGCUGAUCGAGCGAGCCGCCAGCCUUUUGGUCUCCACUCCGACAAAAUCUGGAAUUGCUUUGCUGUACAAUGAGGAGACGAACAAUACCUAUGAUGUCUGCCUAAAACUGACCAGGGAGUUAUUAACCAUACAGAAGCUGGACGUGGUUUGCACAAGUGGAAGUGAAUCCCAAGUAAAUCACAGAACUGUUGUACUGCGAAGACAAGCGACUGGUGGUCUGGGCUUAAGCAUCAAAGGCGGUGCGGAACACAGCGUGCCUGUGGUUAUUUCAAAGAUUUUCAAGGAUCAAGUCGCCGAUCAGACGGGGAAGCUGUUCGUGGGAGAUGCUGUGCUGCAGGUCAAUGGCAUAAAUGUAGAGCAUUGUACUCAUGAGGAAGUUGUUCACCUCUUGCGCACUGCGGGAGACGAGGUCACCGUCACCGUUCGCUAUCUGCGAGAAGUUCCAUCAUUUCUUAAACUGCCUCUAGGUUCUCCUGGCCUGUCCACCAACUACAGCAGAGUGUCCUCCCCCCUCUUUGACAGCGGCUUACAUUUAAAUGGAAAUGGAAACAACACGGCUCCUUCACCCCCGUCGCCCCUUGCAAAUGAACCAAAGUAUGAGAAGCGCUGGCUGGAUGCCGUCUCCCUGCCCCUGCUGAUGGCCAGAGUCUCCAGAUACAAAGGUGGCACAGAUAAAUUAAGGUCCAACUGUUUUGAGGUGUUCACCUUGGAUGGAGCCAACUCCAAUAUUCUUCAGUUUUGCACUGCAGCAGAAAGCACAGACUGGCUCCAAGCAAUAUCUUCAAAUAUCAGCGACUUGACUCAAGAGAACAUAAAGGUGAUCAACACAUGCUGUGCUUCGGAGGAUCAGGUUGUUCACAUGGGCUGGGCGUGUCGAAGCCCAGCGGGCAACACUGCGGAUCCAACUGCAGCGUUCAAGUUCCUGGCUUUGAGAGGACCAUAUUUUUAUAUCUUCAGAAGUCCCCCGAUCAGUGCUGCUGACUGGGGACACGCUGAAACAACGUAUAACCUCUAUGAGGUUCUUUUCAAAGUUCACAAGCUGUGGAUGACAGAGGACUGCUGGCUCCAGGCGAGGCUCUACUUGGGGCUGGAACACUCACCGGAGCAGCAGGACCAUGAGUGUCUGUGCUUCAGCAUCCUGGUGGGCCACGGCCAGAGCCACACCUUCAGGGUUGAGCUGGCCACAGACCUGGCCGCCUGGGAGAAGACCUUCCAAAGAGCUGUGUUCUUGGAAGUGCAGCGGAUAAGAUCCAAAAGCUACAUGUGCAGCAGCCAGGGGAACGUGCAGUGCUUCACCAUCGACUUUGGACUGGGCUUCACUUGCUCGGAGGGCACUUCAAAGACCAUGCUGUGGCGAUAUAAGUUCUCUCAACUUAAAGGCUCCUCUGACGAUGGGAAAACCAGGGUAAAACUCCUUUUCAAGAAUGCUGAAAGCAAGCAAAUAGAAAUGAAGGAACUGGAGUUCGCUAAUCUGACAGCCGUCCUUCACUGCAUUCAUUCUUUUAUCGCUGCCAAAGUUGCCUCCAUGGACCCUCUCUUUAUGUGCAGUCAGAGCUUGCCUGGAAAUUACAUGAACAGCUAAGAAGACAUGUCGUCAUCAUGUGCACCUGCAGGCAAAUGAGCAGUAUGUUAUGCACAGAGCUAACUGAUAAGUAUAUCUUGUUCUUGCUAUUUUUGUAUCAACCACAGAAAAAAGGAAACAUUUGUAAAAGAGACUAGUACACAGUGUUUAAGUAAACACAGUCAGGAGGAUCAGGAGUCCAAAGGUAACGCCCAUGUGACAAUAUGGUGCCAUAAACUGCCACAUGUCUGACAAUGUGACACAGAACUAAUGCUGUUAAUGAGGAAUUACACUUCAACUUGUGAAUGAAGAAGUUUACUUACUUUUCAUUUGCUACAGAAAAAUAACUCUAACACAGAGGAAUUUAAUUAAGUCCAGUAACUGACACCUCAAAUGAAACACGAGAAGCCUGACAGAGGCUGAAGUUGUACAAUGGUUGUGUUUUGGUAUCUACCUUAAAUAACAAAGCCCCACAAUGCUCUCGUUUCAAAUCCUUUGGGCUAAUGAGCUUCAAAGCAACAUAAAGAGCCAUAUCAUCUGCUACCGUUCAAUAGAGUUAACAAGGAAUGGUCUUUACUUCUGUAAUGUUUCACAGCCCACACACUGCUCAAGCACCAUUCUAUGCCAUUAUAUACUGUAUAUCUCUAUUUAUUCUUGACAUCAGCCAGUGGUUUUAGGAGGCAGCGACACAAACUCCUACGUCACACACUAACAUGUUCCUCUCCUGUUUCUGUCUGAUGAAGACAAAUAUAAGAUCAUUUUUCAAAGAUGAAGAUGUUCUGACAUUGCAGGAUGAGUCUGCCGUCAUUAUGUGUCAUUUGCUGUAAAAUGAGAUCGUCUCCAGCAAAGCACCUCUUCCACUGAUAUCAUGAGAUGAUUGUGCAUGUGAAUCACAUGCACAAUCAUCUUAUUUUAAGCAUCUUCACUUUCUUAUGUGUCAAGCCGUCUUUUGUGUUGAACUAGAUGAGCAAAGUUAAUUAUGUCACCUUGACAUCCAUUUUGACAUAGUGGACAAACGAGUUCACUACAAACUACAAGAAAAACAUUUGACUGUUACAUCACAAAAGAUAUGAAACUAACGAGAGUUUGAUUUUCUGCACACGUCUUGUAAUUGAAUGAAUCCCAAUGUAUUUGUGUGGGGAACCAAUAACACAUUUAUGGACAUAAUGUGCUCUCAAGUAAAUUAACACAUACUUUAUGUGCUGCUUUAUAACGAGCAGGAUCCCUUUAUAUCUUAUUCCCACUGGUAAAGAAACCCAUUUAAACAUCACCACUGUUAAUGUGUUUAAUCCACAUUCACUCCCAGGUCAAAGAACUACCGUCUAUGAGGAUUUUAUGAACGUAUUAGUGGACACAACACAUGAGUGAACGUGCCAAAUUCUGCUUCACCUGCUUCACCUCUGGCAGCUGUGAUGCUCAUUAAUCUUCCAGCUGUCAGUCUUGAUGUUAGUAGUGGAACUUGUUUUUUAAGACUUGGGACAGAGAGCAAUAUUUUUAUUUCCUCAAUCAGUUCCGGUAUACCUGCUAAUUUAAGCGUGAAAGAGGCUUCCCAUAAUUCUGAUCGACGUGUCAUCCUUCCUCAGACAUGCGUCAGAGACAGAAACAGAGUGGAACCGGAGCAAACCAUGUGAAAGGUGAAAACUCUCCUUCUCUGACUCAACACUAGCACCAAAACAUAACAAACAAUAAGGUUGUUGUGCUGGUAUCUCAGUGUUAUUUCCUCUCUGUCCUGGAACCUCCUCGCUCUUUGGUUUUUCGUGCAUAAACGUUUCCGUCACUGGGUCACACAGGAUACAGGGAUAUUAAGAGCAAACUCGAAACUCAGAAUAUGUUAUCACAGCUCACCGCUGAGCUGAAGUUGACACGAUACUACCUUUGGCUUGUCUUUGUUUAAGGAAUAAAUAAACUCUGAUAUGAUGAAUGUCUGUCCAAGUCUGUUUCUCUAUCUGAAGAGCAGCAUGUGGACGCCUCGUGCUCCAUGAAGCAGCAGAGAAACAUAUGCAGCUUGACAAAGGCAGAAUAAAUUCCAUUUGUAUUGUAUAGUAUUGCACGGGGCUCUGAUAUUUUGUCCAUCCUCUAUUGAACCCGACGUCGCAGCAAGAACCAAACAUUCAAAUAUAUGCCACUGGUGUGUUUUUUGUCCAUGGGUGACGUUUGUUUCCUUCUUCACAAACUCUGAGAUUCAUUUUGUUUGCGAAGUUUUUGGCUUGAGCAGUUUUUGUGCUGGAGCCAAAGCAGCCACCAUGACAACACGAGGGCGAUAUGAUGUUCAGCUGAAGUUGCAGUCGGCUGCUGUUGCACAAACGGCAUCGUCAAGUUGCAGCGGUGCCAUGUCGAGCAUGAAUUUCAAGUACACUGCUCAUCUUUCAAUGGGCCGUGACUCUCAGAGUUGACUCCUCCGGUGGCAUUGGACCCUGAAUGCUAACUGAAGUAUUUGUGAUGAGUGGAAGUUUCCAGGCCAAUUUCAGAGUGACUGCUGCAGCCUUUUCACUGUUAGUAAUCCCUACAGUCCAAAUCUAAGACUCAGAAAAUGGGCUCGGGAGGAUGGAGGCACAGCAAAGAAAGCAGGACCAUGAACCCAUUAAAAAGCUUCAAUGACUUCUGCUCAUACUCUGCCCUUUUAUUUCACCAGUUCUGCCCUUGAAGUAAAGUUUGAUGAAAAGGUAAUGAUGAGUUCUAUCCAGCAGGACACAUUAUGAAGUUAUGGCUUAUAUUUCUUUGUCUCCAUUAAGUAAGUGGUGUGAUAUUAUCAGGCAAUCAUAUCAGAUGUGACACAACCAAUGGUGUGUAAGUAUUAACGUGGCAUUUCUCAACAUGCAGUAUUUCACCUUGUGCUGUGAUGUUCUUCUCCAAGUUAUUAUCCAGAGAACCUGAGUGAACUCUCACUGUUUGCAUGAGCCAGAGGCGACCUUUGAGGGACAGGACGGACGUGGAAGAAGCUUUCAGUACAAACAGCUCCUCAAAGGUCACUGGGUUUGCAGACAGUUCUGAGACAGGUGUUCAUGAAUGCAUCUGACAAAUCUGUCAACUU